AUCAUUUCGAUAUCCGUCAGAUGUCGCCAGUUUGUUCCUCAUAAGUCAUGGCGGAUCUUUUUCAUUAGAUUUUUUUGAUUUGCCGUAAUUUGUGGGUAGAUUUAAUACUAGCGGCGUAGAAAUAGUUUUUACUCGUUCCGUUUAAACAGUGGAAGCAAGAGACAAGUGCGAUAUAAAAAUUAGAAGGCGUCAGCCAUCGAUUGAUAGACAGCGCACUUCAAACGUCUCGAAUUUCGGAGGAUCGAAGAGGAAAAAUAGAAUCGCUCGAGUUUACGUCGCAUAAAUUGUAAUUAAUUUGCUACGCCUACUAUGACGCAAUAACCGAACGGCAAAGGCGGACACUGUUGGAUAUAGUCGAAACAGGUACAGGCAGGGAUGAACGAGGGGGCGCCGAUGAUGUACCACGGGGGCGGCGGGUUCGGCGGGCCGGGCGUGUACGUGAUGGGCCCCAUGGAGCGGCAGGCGCGGCAGUACGCGCUGGAGCCGCUGGCCAGCAGUCGCAGCGGCGGCGGCGUAGGCUCGCCGGGCAGCGCGGGCACACCGCGCCGGUGGCAGCCGCGCCGCGACAGGAACAAUCGAGACACCGCCUUUGGAUACGAUUCUGAUGACUCCAGUUUAUCUAGUAAUGCUUCCAGCUCCAACAAGUCUGCUGAUAAAGGUGAGAGCAGCAGCUCUAGCCGCGCGGAUGUGGGCGCGGGCGGUGCGGGCGCGGGCGGCGGGUACGGCGCGCGCGAGUGGCGCGGGCGGCGCCGGGACCCGCGCCCGCAGCGCCGCAUCGCGCCCGAGCGCUUCCUCAACGCCGCAUACCCCUUCCAGGUCAAGUUCACGCCCGACGACCUGCUCAACGGUUCUAAAUACGACACGCUAUCGCAAGAGAUCUGGGACAAGUUCGUGAAGUCGCAGCAGACUGAGGAGACGUUCAGGAAGAAGAUGAACCUUUGGAGAUAUCUGUACAUCACUAUUAAAUCAAUAUUCCCCCGCUACGGGCUGUACGUGGUGGGCUCGACGAUGUCGGGGUUCGGGCUGGAGUCGUCGGACAUGGACCUGUGCCUGCACGUGCGCGCGCACGCACACGUCGAGCCGCGCACGCACGCGCUGCUGCACCUCAACUACAUCCUCGGCUACAUCCGCAGCUUCGACCCCGGUGCGGAGCUGAUCCAGGCGAAGGUGCCGAUCUUGAAGUUCCGCGACGUACGCAACGGUCUGCAGGUGGACCUCAACUGCAACAACGUGGUCGGGAUCAGGAAUACCGACUUGCUGCAUUGUUUCUCCAGGAUGGACUGGCGCGUGCGGCCGCUGGUGGCGCUGAUGAAGUUGUGGGCGCAGGCGCACAACAUUAACGACGCGCGUCAACGCACGCUCUCCUCGUACUCGCUCACGCUCAUGGUGAUACACUUCCUGCAGACGGGCGCGGUGCCGGCGGUGCUGCCGCGCGCGCAGGAGUCGGCGGCCGCCGCGCCGCGCGCGCCGCUCAACAAGGCCACGCUCGGGGAGCUCUUCCUCAACAUGCUGCAGUACUACGCGGACUUCCCGUUCAGCAAGCGCGCCAUCUCGAUCCGCGCGCCGCGCCGCACCCCGCGCCCCGCGCCCCGCCCCGCCUCGCUCAUCUGCGUCGAAGAGCCGUUCGAUCUAUCGAACACAGCGCGUUCGGUGUACGACCCCGAGACGUUCGACAAGAUCGUGAGCACGUUCCGCGACAGCGCGGCGCGGCUGGCGCCCGCACUGCGCCUGCGCGACGCCUGGCCCGCGCCGCUGCACCCCCCGCACCACCCGCCCCCGCCGCCGCAGCGAUGAUACGCGCCCGCGCGCCACCCGCGGCUCUCGCACUGCGCUACCCCUAGCGUGGCUAACUAUAAGUGACGUCCCUGUCUGUGAGGCUCGACCGUCGUCUGUCGCCAGGACUGUGGCCUCAGCCAGAUCGUUUGGACUAUGAUCGGUAUAGUUUAACUACGACGUUUCCGGCUGUAGGGCGUCGUUGGAAAUCUCGCAAGUGCUCUUACGUGAUACACACGGCUUAGGUUAAAUUAUAGGCGGAUAUGCUGCACGGAUCGCGAUGGUGCUACCUGGAGCGGCGUUACAUUGUCAAAGUGGGCCGCACGCGACGCGACCGCACGCUGGACGUUUUAUGAUAGUUUUUGAUGAUUUUUGCUGUAUAUACCUAAUUUUGAAACUUGUAAAUAUUAGUUCGGUUAUUUUAUUGUGUUUCCAAAUUAUCGUAUGUUUUGCUCAAUCUCCACGGAUCGCUAACGCGUGGUAGACGGUCGCUUCUUUGACCGUGAACGUUCUCCUGGACGACAAUGUCGCUUCUAGUCUAUAUUGUUACUAGACCAAAGGGUGUUACAGUCCCAAAUAGUGGCCAUAAAAUUGUUUGUAUGGAAAAUAAAUGGUUCAUAUACAUAUAUAUAAAUUUUAUAGGCUGUGACAUGCGACUGAUAUCACCUAUAAAUACGUUCUAGGUUAGUGUUAAGUACUUAGCGACGUCCAUGUAGUUGAGGCGGACGCAGGCGCCGACGCACCGCCAUGUACAGCCACGUGCGGACACGUACUGCCACGUGCGUGACGAACGCGUUUUGCGUCUUGAAUGCAAAACGAUACGUCUUGAUACGUCAAGUAUGUAUACAAAAUUAUUAACAUCCUUAUUAAUUUUUAACAUUUUAUUUCAAAUCCAAUAGAGUGAAACAGUAAUUAGGCAGAAGAAAUGUAAUUAAUUUUAUUUUCCUACUUUUUACUUAUUUUACAAUGCUCAACGUGGUGAGACGUCGCGUCGCCGUCUGCAGCCGUCUUGUUAAAGAUAUUAGAGUACGAACCACCAAAGCGCAGCUUACUUAUCAAGUUCCUAACGCAAUACCACUCCACUAUAUUACGUAUUUUAUAUAAAAAGGCAUCUUCAACAUUCAUUUGGUUUUUCAAAAGUGUUAAUGUUUUUUCUUUGAUUUUUUCGUUAGUAAAAUCUUGCUCAUGUCAAGAAAAGUUCACGUCUGGACAUCAAAUUUUACUUAGAUUUAACACUUUCAAAAUUGAACAAAACUAUAUUUUUAUCAUAUUGGUACUGAGUCGAUAAUUUUUUUGGCUGAUAAAUCGCUUUUGGUAGGAACCAAAUGAAUUUUCGAAAUACCUUAUAAUAGUAUUAUGAAUUAGAGUUCUCCAGUGGUAAUUAAAUUCUCUUUGUGACAAUAACAAAAAUAUUUUUAUCGUUUUUUUUUUAAAACUGGUGCAACAUAUUAACAAUAUAUUGAACCUUGACGCUUUUAAAUAACAAUAUUUUAUUUAUGAAAUAUACAAGCAGAUUUACCAAAAAUAUGAUUUGCGACUUUUUAAUAUUUUUUUGCAUGUAUUCUGAAAUACGGAGAGUCUGAAAAUAUUUCGUAAUCUUUGUCUAAGAUUGAAAUUUCUAGACUACACCGGAACAUGUUUUAACUUAUUUAUUUCGCUUUUACAUUCCCUUUUAAAUCAUCACUUCAAUUUACAAAGAAAAACGUUCAAAAUCAGUUUGUUGUUAAUAUAAUUGAAUUUAAUUAACAUUGGAGCAAAUAUAUGUACGUUGUGCAUUAUAAUAUAUUUAAAUAUAUGUUAAUCAGAUGUCACUAUGAAAAAUUAUAUGUUUACAUUACAUAGUGUCAUAUCUAGGUAUCGAAUAUAUCGACAGGUUUUAAAUAAUUAUUUAAUAUGGUAAUGCAGGUCGCACUCGUCCACCACAUUCUCUGCCUAUCUAGUGUUGGAAAGUUGGAUGGGACAAUGGAUUAUAGUGUGGCCAGCAAACCGGUAAAUAAAGAGAAAAAUGCAAAAUUUUGGAACACUUGGGUAACUUCACAAAGUUUAUUUUAUUAUACAGUUGCUGCAGAUUUCUGUGCGUAAAUAGAUCCGUGUAACAUUGUGGGUUAAAAUAACCCGAAACCCAUGUAACUUGAUUAAUAAUUAUUUAAAAGUUGUCGAACUGUAAUUGUAAAAUUUUUGUUUCCAAUAUAUUUAUAUGUAAACGUUAAUCGGCACAAUAUGUUCCGAUGUAUCAAUAACGAACAAUAUCGACAACAGAUGCUAAAUAAUGUACUCAAUCCAGCGCUGCCAAAGGCUUUGCUCAACAAGACUGAACCUUAGUACAGAAGCUCGAGCAAUUCUAAAAUCAUCGAAAUUACGUCCAUCCCUACAAGCACGUUGGGGCGUACAUAUCGACAAUGUUUAUCGAUAUGCCGACUCUAGUUCCAAAAGUUAGUAUAGGACAAUAACAUUAAAUAAAUAAAUAUUAUGUCCAUUAUAUUCGCGUUAUACGUUCGACAAUACGUAUUGCGCCGCGUCGACGAAACGCGACCCGUUAAUUUUUAAAUAUUUAUUGUUUAUAUAUAAGUUAUUAUUUACGUGUACAUAGUAAGAAAUGAAAAAAAAAAACAAAUAUUUUCCUUCGUUGGGUCGUGUUGUGUAUGUACAUAGUGUUGUGUUGUUGAAGAGUAAAUGACAAAAAAAUGUUUUAAAAGGGAUCUUAAUUGUAUAGUGUACUAGAGGAAAUGGUCACAGGUGUCACUGUCGAUAAGUUUGUUAUUGUCGACCGGAGACAGAUGCUCGGACUAAAGGUCAAUCCUCUGCCUUCUGUAUUCAAUACACGACCAUAUCGAUCGGAUACUAUACACUUAAUAUCCCCUAUAUAUAUUUAUAUAUUAAGCACGCUUGAUUAUGUAAAAUCGUGCUCAAGCCAGGUUGAAGGCAUUACGGGGUAAGUCGAUGGUAAAAAUAGUAUACAAAAUCGCCAAGUAUCACAAGGUUAUAACAAAACGUUAGUGCGGCCUGGUUAAAUCGACGAAACGGUGCUAAUUUCGAGAUGGACUGCGUUAAAUCAGUUUCUACAACAAUUAUAAUGGCGCUAUGUAUUUAUUUAAGUUGGGUAUAAAACGGAAUUAACAGGUUUUAUGUUUGAGAUAAAAAAAAAUGUUACAUGAAAUCCUUUGCAAGUUUACUAUUGCACAGUUGAUCAUCGAAACAUAGUUCGUAUGAGAGUAUUUUUACCCUAAUUUGGACUCGAUCAAAAUUUACUUUAUAUCUUUAAUCUAAGGCUACCUAUGCAGUUUGAUUGCAAAUAAUUCGUUCAGAAAAAUUAUAGUAUUGAAAAAAGUACUCAAGAUUGCGACUGGAAAAAAUCCUCAAUCAUAAAUGGUGCUACGUAUACAUACUUUAGAUUUAGCUUAUCAGCUAGCCGUAAUAGCCUAUAAAAUUGAUGACCUGCAUUAUAUUCAGAAUAGUAGUUAAAUAAAAAAUGAAUUAGUUUAAAAUAAUUUCUUACCAAAAAUUAAGAAAACACCAAAGUGAAUUAGAAAAUCCUUUGAAAUAUAUUUUCAGAAUUCCUACUAGUAAUACAAAUGGAUUUAUUGUGCAUAUCUUCUUAAAUAUUAAUACAGAAAUAUGCAGUUGUUUUCUUAACUUUUCGCGCAGUAGGAAUUCUGCGCGUUUACAGGAUAAACUACGAAUAAUAUGCAGUAGCGAUCAUUGCUUGGUCUUUUGUGAUUCUCACGAAUCAGUAAUCAACGCUUCUUUCCGUGAAACCCUUAUAAAAACAGUAUUUAUGAAAUGAUACAUAGUUUUAUACAAGCCCAGUUAUUUACUUACAGUAUUUUACUUAAACGCCCCAGACAGUAAUUGUUUUUGUACUUUUAAGCUUUUUGGCAUCCAGCCGAUAUGUUUUUAAUGAUGCCAAAUGUUAGCUAUACCAAAAUUAGAUUUUUAAUGCAUUUAUGAUUCCGCCAUCUAGUCCCCGUAGCCAAACUAUUGUUAUUAUUUAUUAGCCUGGCAACAUGUAGCGUUGCGAUUAAUUUUAUAAAACUUUUACAUAAGAGGCACUUUAAAUAAAGUACAAUAAAUAAUAAUAAAAAAAAACAUUGCGUGUAAGCAAACUGAUUAGUAUAAAUAAAGGUGUCUCGAAAAAAACUAUUUAAUUUUUGAAAUGUCGAAAAAAAUAAUAAUACGAUGAAGCCGACGUUCAAAAAAAUUAAAAACUAAAAUUAGAAAAAAAAAUAUAAAAAAAAACAAAAAGUGAAAAAAAAUAAGAAAAGUAUGAAAAAGAUUAUUGUGAAAAAAUAUUGUUUUUAUUUGCAUUUUUUCCAGAGUCAGAUUUUAUUGUGUGUUUUAUUUGCAAAUUAUGGGCGUCCAACUUGCCUCAAUGUGUUAUUUUUAUGAGCAUGUAUUUUACGCGGAAAUCUUUUUGAAACAUAAAUUAUAAUAUGACGUCAUUUCUACAUAAAUAUACGAGCAUUUAUCGAUUCAUAUCUACAAUAACAUUUUUUUUUUACCGCGUAAGCAAUAAAAAAAACUAUUUUGCAUCACAGGGAAAAUGACAUUGUGUUGGAUUUAUUGUAUCUGACUCUGGAAUAUUAGGUAUGUCAUAUAUUAUUUGGCCCAAAUCUAGAAAUAGUGUAAUUUUAUUAUAUUAUGAACCUAUGUACGACCUUUCUGGCGAAGCAGUUUUGCUUUAGCCUGAACAUAACUAUGAAUUUAAAUUACAACAAAAUGCCAUUUUUCCUGUGAUUAGUUUCAGAACAAUAAUAUUAAUCAAAAGGUUUAAUAUUAAGAAGGAUCGGUUAUCUUUGUGUUUUAAGUCUUUUGCUUGAUAUUACAUAUUUUGGAUCAGCAAAUUAAAAGAGAGAUUAAUAAAGCUGCUGUCAAAUUACACAUCAUUGUCACUAAAAAUGUAAGCGUAGCCGACGGAAGUGUUCUCUUUAACAGCAAUCAUUGUACAAAUACAGAGAACACUGUGAAAUGUUCGGAUAAGUCUGGUGCGUUACAAUUUCAUAUUAUGAAAUUAUUUAAGAUUCUUAGUAAAAUUUACGGAUUUAAUCUUUGAAGUGAAUUUAUAAAUCACACAUUUUGUGACUAAAGGCGUCUUAUAUACAUUUUGCUCGAUUCUCCACCUUAAAUGUAAUAAAGAUUGUUAACUAUACCGUUGAAUAACAGUCGUAUUGUUGUUCCUUUAGUCACAAUCUUGCUCUAAAACCAUAAUCGUUGCCUUAUAAAUCGUUGAACAAAUCACUGCCAAAAUUUUCCUCCCAUUUGUAUCAUUGGCAGUUUUUGCAAUCCAAUAUUAAAGUUCUAUAACACAAUCCAUGCCGAUCAAGCCAACCAUACGCUUUCUUGUACUCUGAGCCGACGCAGCGAGAGACGCGCGUGUCCUUCGCUGGCCGCUUGCUUCGUGGCUGAGUUGUGAGAUUAUUUAAAACAUUGUACUUAAAAGUGCAAAAUUAUUAGUGGUUCAAAGAAAUAAAAUGCAAUCUAACGCUGGAAUUAUCGCAAUAAUAUAUGCCUUGCUUGUUGUUGUAUUAACUUAAAUUUAAAUAUAUAUAAAUUGUAUAACUGUUGUUAUUGUUUAUAGAUUAGAGUUGUAACAUAAUGGUACGUGUACAAAUGGCUGCGCGCGCGCGUUUGUUUUUUAAGAGUUUUUUGUCACAUUUUUGACAACUUUACGUCUUGUGUUGCAUUUUAUUUUAUUUGAACACGAGCGAGUUUUUAUCUUGGUCGUUGUACAGAGAGAUUAUUGUAAAAAAAAUAUUCUGUAAUAGUAAAAUAUAUACAAACUGCCAACA